AUGCCUACACUAGUAUCUCAAGAAUUCCAAAUUCCCAACUUGAAGUCCAUUUUGUGUGCUUCAGGAGUGAAAGGCAAACAAGUCACAACUCUAUCCUCACAAAUUACCAUCUCUGAUUUCAUUCAAUCCAUUAUAGAAACCAAAUCAACUGAAAUUGAUUCACCAUUCAGUGUCCUUGAUUUAAGAGUCGUCAUUGACCUCAUGAACAAAUGGUUAACUAAACUUCCAACUGUUAAACCUUUCUACGCUGUUAAAUGUAACCCAAACAUUUCACUUCUAGGUACACUCGCUUCACUCGACUCUAAUUUCGACUGCGCUAGUCGCGCCGAAAUUGAGUCUGUUUUGUCUCUCGGAGUUUCACCCGACCGAAUCAUUUACGCUAAUCCGUGUAAAUCUGAGUCACACAUUAAAUACGCUGCAAGUGUCGGUGUUAAUGUAACAACCUUCGACUCCGUUGGAGAAGUCGAAAAAAUAAAAAAAUGGCACCCCAAAUGCGAGCUGCUCCUUCGGAUCAAGCCGGAGGAGGACAGCACUAGCGGCGCAACAACGUGUUUGGGUCUCAAAUACGGCGCGCUUGAGGAUGAAAUUCCCGAGCUUCUCAAAGCUGCUGACAUGGCCGGACUUAAAGUAACCGGCGUGUCGUUCCAUGUAGGCAGCGGAGGAGCCGCUGCCAAAGCUUACCACGGAGCCAUUUCUUCGGCUAAAAAAGUUUUCGAAACGGCUUCGCGGCUUGGAAUGGCGAAAAUGAAAAUUCUUGAUAUUGGUGGAGGAUUUAUUUCAGGAUCGAAAUUCGACGAAGCUGCAUUAAACAUAAACGAUGCAAUAAAAACACAUUUCGGAAAUGAAGAGGAUGUUGUUGUGAUUGGUGAACCCGGUCGUUAUUUUGCAGAAACAUCGUUUAAGUUGGCAACGAAAGUGAUAGGGAAACGUGUAAGAGGUGAAUUAAGAGAGUAUUGGAUUGAUGAUGGAAUAUAUGGAACUCUUAACAACAUUCUCUUUGAUUUUGCUACUGUCACAUGCAUGCCACUUAGGUUUGGUACUUCAAAAUCUGAGAAUGUUUCUAAAACUUACUAUCCUUCGACGGUUUUUGGACCAACUUGUGAUUCGGUUGAUACAGUUCUGAAGGAUUAUGACAUGCCUGAACUUGAGGUGAACGAUUGGCUUUUGUUUCCUAAUAUGGGUGCUUAUACAAUUUCUUGUGGAACAAAUUUCAAUGGGUUUGGUUCAUCGGUUAAGAACAUUUACCUUGCAUGUUCAAGUUCAAGCUAUGUGGCACGAGAACAGAACAGGUUCUGA